ACUACAUCGAUGACGCAAACUGACCUUUGCCACAGACUUCCCUGUCACUGCAGCAUUGUAGCGCAUCCACACCGAGGGCUCCACCAUGAACAGAGUUUUUACUAAAACCAACGUGGCACGCUUGGGUGUUGUCCUGCAAAGGUUUCAGAGCACCUUGGUGGUCGCAGAGCACAACAACGACAAGUUGACGCCAAUUACUUUGAAUGCCAUUACUGCUGCUAGUAAACUUGGUGGAGAAGUAUCUUGUCUGGUUGCAGGAACAAAUUGUGCAAAGGUUGUGGAGGAAAUCAGUAAAGUCAACGGUGUGAAGAAAGUUUUGGUGGUUCAGAACGAUUCUUACAAAGGGGCUCUUCCAGAGGAGUUGACGCCACUCAUCUUGGCAACGCAAAAGCAGUUCAGCUUCACUCACAUCUGUGCUGGUGCAUCUGCUUUUGGAAAGAACCUGCUGCCAAGAGUGGCCGCCAAGUUAGAUGUGGCUCCAAUCUCUGAUAUUGUUGAGAUCAAGUCCCCAGACACCUUUGUCAGAGCUAUCUAUGCUGGAAACGCUCUCAGCACCGUGAAGUGCAAUGAGCCAGUCAAGGUGUUCACCAUCAGAGGAACAUCCUUUGAGGCGGCCUCAACAGAGGGAGGAAGUGCUGCAACAGAAAACGUGGCUGCUAACUCUGCUGUGGGAGUUUCGGAGUGGGUGGAACAGAACCUGACCAAGAGUGACCGUCCAGAGUUGACCAGUGCAAAAGUCGUCGUGUCUGGAGGAAGAGGCUUAAAGAGUGGCGAGAACUUCAAACUGCUCUAUGACCUUGCAGACAAAAUGAAUGCUGCAGUUGGUGCCUCUCGAGCUGCAGUAGAUGCUGGCUAUGUCCCUAAUGAUAUGCAAGUUGGACAAACAGGCAAGAUUGUAGCACCGGAGCUGUACAUCGCUGUUGGCAUCUCUGGAGCCAUUCAACACUUGGCUGGGAUGAAAGACAGCAAGACUAUUGUUGCAAUCAACAAGGACCCAGAGGCUCCCAUUUUCCAGGUAGCAGACUACGGCUUGGUGGCUGAUCUCUUUAAGGCUGUUCCUGAGAUGACAGAAGCCCUGAGCAAGUGAGGAGGGAGUGAGCGUCACCAAGAUCAUCAUCAUCAUCCAGUUGAAGCCUUGACAAAGACAAGCCACUGCAGUCCUGCUGUGAAUGUCUUCACAUCAAUGCCAGUUUUUAUAUACACGUUUUAAAUGUCAGCAAAUAAAGUUGUACUUUGAGGUUAUUGUUGUGCCUCUGGUCGUGAAUAACUGCUAUAUUCUACUUACUGGUACGGUGUCCGCCAUGUCUGGAAAGUCUUCCUGCUAAGUUGUAAAAAGUGUUAAUUUUCAGAUUAUUGCAUUAAAACUGAUGACUCA